CAGACAGACAGACAGACAUAGAGAUAGACAGGCCGGUCACAGCAGGGGAUGUAAACAGACAGAUAGACAUUGAGAGAGACAGACAGACAGAAAGACAUCAGGGAACAGGAUGUUGUCAAAAAAGGAGCCGAAGAGGUCCUUCAACAACGGGCCGCUGAGAGACCAGUGGGAGCAGAAAGCUCAGAGCGUGGCCGACCAGUGCAAACAGGAGGCCGAAUGGAAGAAGAAGAGCUCCAUCAAACUAUCUUUCUCAAAGUGGAAUUAUCACUGGUCACUCGUUUCCAAUGGAGACUUCAAGAAGCUCACCAGCGAUGCGGAUGAAGCAGAAAAAAACAAGCAGAAAAUCAAAUUCAAAGUGGUCCCCCCUCCUCCCAAAGCUAAACGGGAGCCUGCUGCUCCUCCACCUCCUCCCAAGAAAGCAGCUUCGCCUAAACUUCACAGGCAAAAACGUAAAGUUGAAGUGGAUGUGUUUGGGCUGUGCUGGAAAGACUCCUGGAUGAGCCUGAAGCCUCCAAAGUAUCUUUACCUGAAGGCCAAAGAGACAAAAAACAAAAUCCCAGGGUUCACAACCAUCGAGCUGACGAACCACCGGGAGUACAAACCAAAGGAGUAUGGGUCAGAGCCCGGAGGGGCGUUUCCUGCUGAUGAAUGGAGUGACUCCUGGAAACAGGUGAAGAGUCCUGCACAGUCGGAGCGCUCGGAGGAGAAACAACUCCAGUGGGAGAUUUUGUGUCAAAGAAAAGUGCUUUGCAAAGUUUGUAUAGAAGUGUUUUCUCUUCCUGUGUGGGCCGGUACGUGGAAGUUCAUGAACUUUGCCUUCAGACAGCAGAAAAAGGACUGGGAUCACAUCUGGCCUGAUUACCAAUACAACCUCAGCAACAAGUUGGACAAAGUAGAACAACUGGAGGAGCAGGAGAAGCCCUCAGACUGGGAGGAUUCGUGGAAGACGUCCGGUGCAGACAACGAAAAACCAACCGGCUCUGAAACCACAGUGAUGACGAGGAUAAACGACGUGAUGAUGCCCGCGUGGACUGACUCCUGGCUGCUCUCUGCUGCCCCUCUGGAGGAAGAAGAAGAACGUCUCAAGAGCUGGAGCUCCUGCUGGGCCUUCAGGCAGCAGACCAGGUGGUGCCACGCUUCGCUGCAGUCGCAUCAUCGGCACAGCGCCACGCUGACUAAGAGACGUAAAGACACAAACCUCCUCCUCACAUCUCAGCUGGACCAGGAGAUCACAAGGAGCACAGAGUGGACGGAGGCCUGGAGGACUCCUAAAGGAUGGAUCGGACCAGAGGAGGACGAGAUGAGGAGGGACACAGAGGAGGAGGAGGAAGUAGUGGACUUUGAGGAGGAUGUUGAAGUAGAUGAGGAGGAGGACAAGGACGAAGGAGAUGAAGAAGUAGACAAUAAGGAGGAAAAAGUAGCCAUGAAGGUGAACAUUUCCGGAGAGGAAGAGGAUAGUGUAGAUACAGGGGAGGAGGAGGAGGAGGAAGAGGAAGAGGAUGAUGCAGACAAAGACCAGGAGAAAGAAGUACACAUUAAAGAAGUGGAUGAGGAUGAAAGAGUAGAUGAGGAGGAGGUGACGGACAAAGAGGACGCUGAAGCAGAGGACAUGUCGUUUAAAAAAGAGGAGGAAGACGUCUGUGAGGACGCAGACAAGAAAGAGGAGGAAGACUACAAGGGAGACAAUGUGAAGAAACGCAUCAAAUGCAAACCCAGUGUACCGCUUCACCUGCAGUUCCAUAAACUGAACGCCUCCUUCUCCUCCUGGAAGCAGUCGUGGAUGGUGGCGGUAGCCCACAAAGGAGGAGAUGAGUAUGACGACGAGGAGGAAGAGCAGGAGGGGGAGGAGGUGGAAGAGUGGAAGGCUUGGAGAGAGUCGUGGAGGAUCUGUCGCUGGAAGAAGCCGGACGAGGACGAGGUGUUGUGCUUCUCCACCGAGCACCGGAGUCAGAGAUGCUCGGGCGUGAAGCACCGAGAAGACGGCAGGCCAAAGAGUGAGUGGUCUCUCAGCUGGAAGAUGGCCAAGACUGUAGCUAAGGAUGCAGACACAGAAGAAGAGGAAGAGGAAGAGGAAGAAAGCGGAAAAUUCUGA